UCAGUGAAUCGGCCGGUUCGUUACUCGGCUUGAAAAACACUACUUACUCCAACGCUGGGUAGUUAUUUAAUUAAUUAAUAGGAAGGAUAAAGUGGGCAGCAGCAGAGCAGCCACGGCCUUUCCGUCGCUCCGCCGGGAGCGAAGCCACGAUUUUGCUCCUCCGAGUUGCUGCUUCUUCUUCACCUUCGGUUUCCGUGUAGAUAUUUGGAGGUUGAUGGAGUCGUUGGGUUGGUAAUGAAGGCUUUGGUGGAGAGUGGAGGCUCAGGCUUGAGAUCGGAGAUGAGGAGUGUGGCGUCGAGCGAGGACGGAAGGGGCGGCGAGAGCUCCGUGGAUGGGAUCGAGGCGGAGAGCCCAGGAGUUUCCUUCAGUGGACCCCUGAGCAGCCCGCUCGACAGCCGAGGGGGCAGGAGGAGCCCCACCCGGUUCAGCCUCCCGGCCUCGCCGGCCUCCUCCUUCGGGAAGGUGAAGAGCGAUAAGGACGAGGAGGAGGAGGAUGAGACGUAUGUGGAGAUCACCCUGGACGUGCGCGACGACGAGGUGGCAUUCCACAGCCUGAAGGCGGCGGCGACAGGCGGCGGGGACGCGGAGGCGGACCCGGAGGUGGCUGCGCUGGCUAGGGAGCUGGAGAGACGCGCCGGGCUCGGGAAGUCGAUGAUGCGCACAGCGUCGUCCAAGUUCAAGCAGGUGUCGCAGGAGCUCCGGCGGCUGGCGUCGUUCAAGCGGCGGCAGGGGCCGGGGAAGCUGGAUCGCACCAAGACAGCCACUGCGCACGCCCUCCGAGGCCUCAAGUUCAUCAGCAAGGCUGAAGGUGCCGCCGGAUGGACGGCCGUCGAAAAGCGCUUCCAAGAGCUCUCCGUUGACGGCAUGCUUCACCGCUCUCGCUUCGGCCAGUGUAUUGGAAUGAAGGAUUCCAAGGAGUUCGCUGGGGAGCUGUUCGAUGCAUUGACGAGGAGGAGACACAUUAUCGGCGAUAAGAUAACAAAAUCUGAGCUGAAAGAGUUUUGGGACCAGAUUUCUGAUCAGAGUUUCGAUUCCAGGCUUCAGACCUUUUUUGACAUGGUUGAUAAGAACGCAGACGGAAGAAUCACAGAGGAGGAAGUGAAAGAGAUUAUCUUACUGAGCGCUUCGGCGAACAAUCUCUCUAAGCUUCAGGAGCAAGCGGAGGAGUACGCCGCCCUGAUCAUGGAAGAAUUGGACCCGGACAAUCUGGGAUACAUUGAGAUAUACAACCUGGAGAUGCUGCUUAUCCAAGGACCGAGCUACUCGGCGCAGAUCGGCACCACAAACAGUCGAAAUCUGAGCCAGAUGCUGAGCCAGAAGCUGAGGCCAACGAGGGAGCCGAAUCCUCUGGUGCGGUGGUAUCGUGAAGUGCGUUACUUCCUGGAGGACCACUGGAAGCGGGUGUGGGUGGUAGCGCUGUGGCUCUGCGCCUGCGCCGGCCUUUUCUGCUGGAAAUUCAUCCAGUAUCGGCGUCGGGCAGUGUACGACGUCAUGGGCUACUGCGUCUGCGUGGCCAAGGGCGGCGCCGAGACCCUUAAGUUCAACAUGGCCCUCAUCCUCCUCCCUGUCUGCCGCAACGCCAUCACCUGGCUCCGAGCCAACACUCGCCUCGGCAAGGCCCUGCCCUUCGACGACAACCUCAAUUUCCACAAGGUCAUCGCCGCGGGCGUCGCCGUCGGAGUCGGCCUCCACGCCAUCUCUCACCUGACGUGCGACUUCCCGCGGCUGCUCCACGCGACGGACCAGGAGUACCAGCCCAUGCGGCCCUUCUUUGGCGACUUGCAGCCCGACGACUACUGGUGGUUCGUGAAGGGCACGGAGGGGUGGACCGGGCUAGUCAUGGUCGUUCUCAUGGCCAUCGCCUUCACGUUCGCCACUCCUUGGUUCCGCCGCAACCGCCUCCGUCUGCCCUACCCCUUCAGCCGCCUAACCGGCUUCAACGCCUUCUGGUACUCCCACCACCUCUUCGUCGUCGUCUACGUCCUCCUUAUCGUCCACGGAACCUUCCUCUACCUCACCAAGGAAUGGUACAAGAAGACGACAUGGAUGUACUUGGCGAUUCCGUUGAUCCUCUACGGCGGCGAGCGGUUGAUCCGGGCGCUUCGGUCCAGCGUCCGUCCGGUCAAAAUUUUGAAGGUGGCUGUGUACCCGGGCAACGUUUUGACUCUUCAAAUGUCCAAGCCUCAAGGUUUCAAGUACAGAAGCGGCCAAUACAUCUUCGUCAACUGCGCUGCUGUCUCUCCAUUCCAAUGGCACCCAUUCUCCAUCACGUCGGCCCCGCAGGACAACUACAUCAGCGUCCAUAUACGGACAAUAGGCGACUGGACUAGGCAGCUCAAAGCCGUCUUCUCUGAGGUGUGUCAGCCACCGGCAAGUGGACAGAGCGGCCUUCUGAGGUCGGAUUACGACAGAAGCAGCAGCCUCAUCUUUCCGAAGGUGUUGAUAGAUGGGCCUUACGGUGCUCCGGCCCAGGAGUACAAGAAGUAUGAGGUGUUGCUGCUUGUGGGGCUGGGCAUCGGCGCCACCCCCUUCAUCAGCAUCGUCAAGGACAUCGUCAACAACAUGAAGCGGCUGGAACCCGAGGAGAGUAACGACGACGGAUCCUCCUCCUCCGAGCGCGGGGAGGGCGGAAGCGGACACGCGUCAUCGUCGUCGUCGUCGUCGUUCAAGACGCGGCGGGCGUACUUCUACUGGGUGACGCGGGAGCAGGGGUCGUUCGAAUGGUUCCGGGGGGUGAUGAACGAGGUGGCGGAGACGGACAAGAAGGGGGUCAUCGAGCUGCACAACUUCUGCACCAGCGUGUACGAGGAAGGAGACGCCCGGUCGGCGCUCAUCGUCAUGCUUCAGUCGCUCAACCACGCCAAGAACGGCGUCGACAUCGUCUCCGGCACCCGCGUCAAGUCCCACUUCGCCCGCCCCAACUGGCGCAACGUCUUCAAGCGCAUCGCCCUCAACCACCGCAACCAGCGAAUCGGCGUGUUCUACUGCGGCGCCCCAGCGCUGACGAAGGAGCUCCGGCAGCUGGCUACGGAUUUCUCACGGCGGACCAGCACCAAAUUUGACUUCCACAAAGAAAACUUUUAAAAGCACUCAAGAUCAAUGUAUAUCACCCAAAUCGGAAAUGCCUUUUGAUCCGAAUAAGAUAUUAAGAUUAUUGACAACGAAAGAGAUUGUGUAUCGAUGGAGUUAUACAUCAUUGGCUACCAAUAAUUCAGGUGAGAAUUUUUUCUUGCA